GCUGAAAUACUAAAGGCUUGUGCCAGGAGCACAGUCAGUCCUCUUAUUUUUGUUAAAUACACUGGAAAUGUUCAGAUUGCAAUUCUUUAGAUAGCUGUAAUAUUUGCUGGGCUGUGAUAUCCACCAUGUCCUACAAACACAGGGUGGUCAUGUGAUCACAGGCUGGGUCAGUCUGCACGCUACCCUAUUGAUUAUUUGGGAUAUCAGCAAAGUCCUCUCUAGAAGUCAAUUGAGGUUUAUCUGUCAUGGAUACAAAUGUGAUCCCAAAAUUCGCUUCCAAAGACGAGGAAAUUGACUUCUGGAAGACUCUUUCACUCAAGUACAAAAAAAAUUAUAAAGAGGCACAGGAGGAGUUGCUGGAGUUUCAGGAAGGCAGCAGAGAGCUGGAGACCGAGCUGGAGACACAACUGGGCCAAGCGGAGCAUCGCAUCCGAGACCUGCAGGCAGACAACGAGAGACUGCACCACGAGCUCGAUAUAUUCAGGGAGAAGUUGGAGCAGCAGUAUUCUCAGAGUUAUAAGCAGAUCUCCAUGCUGGAGGAUGACCUCAGUCAGACUCGAGGCAUCAAGGAGCAGCUGCACAAAUAUGUCCGAGAGCUGGAGCAGGCCAAUGAUGACCUGGAGAGAGCUAAGAGAGCCACAAUUACGUCUCUGGAGGACUUCGAGCAGAGACUGAAUCAGGCCAUAGAGAGGAAUGCCUUUCUGGAGAGUGAACUGGAUGAGAAAGAGUCUCUCCUGGUGUCUGUACAGAGACUUAAAGAUGAAGCCAGAGACCUGAGGCAGGAGCUUGCGGUACGAGAGAGGCAGCCGGACGUGACCAGAAUGUCCGCCCCGAGCUCUCCGACUCCAGACAAUGAUAAAACAGACUCGGCCGUCCAAGCCUCACUCUCCCUGCCCGCUACACCUCUUAGCAAGAACCUGGACAACGUUUUCACCAACCAGACUGUUUUGACCAACGGCAGCACCAAUUCAGCCCUCACUCCGUCUGCUAGAAUAUCAGCCCUUAAUAUUGUUGGUGAUUUACUGCGCAAGGUUGGGGCUUUAGAGUCAAAGCUUGCAGCCUGCAGAAACUUUGCCAAAGACCAGGCAGCCAGGAAAAACUAUGUCACAAAUGUCAACGGAAAUCUGAUUAAUGGAGAGAUGGGAAAUUACUCUCAUUCGCUCCACACGUCCUACUUUGACAAAGCAAGAGAGAGGGUCAUUUUCCCUGCAUUGCUUCUGGCAUCUACAGCUGUACCGCAGUGUAAUGCAGUUCUUCACCGCAAUGCUGAAUCAGUUUGUCCUGCACCUGAGUAUCAUUAGAUUGUUAAGGGAGGACAGUGAACGGCUUGGAUCCUGCCGUGACGAACAUUACAACCCAACCACUUUCCAACUCUCCAUCCAGCCUGGUGCUCAGCGUGUGACCCACAGACCCUUCUCACAAAAUAAAACACUACUACGCAGCAAUAUAGCAAUUUCUUUUAAUACACUACUGAUACCGACUGUCUGGGUUACAGUGGGUUACAACAGGGUUAACAGCAGCACUUUAUGCAUUUCCUCUGCUGCUGUGUGCUACACUACUACUAGUUAAGUAAUUGUUAAUAGUUCUUAAACAUGUAUAUACCCAUCUAAUAUAUUUAUGGUUGCUGUUUGUAUAGAUAUGAACUUAUAUGUACACAUUCUCUGUUCUCUACGAAUGUAAUGUCCUUUAACACAUUCUAAAAAUGUAUUUAUUGCUAUAUAUAUAUUGCUAAAUUUGUGAAACCCGAAGGAAAUCAAUAAUAUUUGUUGUGCAACACAUUAAGUGCGUUUGAAAGUAGAUAUGAUAUAUAUGCUGUAUAUUAAAGGAAGAAAAUGUGUAAAUUUGACUUAAAUGUGACAGAAACUGGUUUCCGUUUUAUAGCAAAAUAUUUAAUAUUAAUAAUGCACGCCUCAUAUUGGCCCUCCUAUUUGAAACACACUGGUGCAAGUGUCACAAAGCAAGAAUUUGGACAGAAAAGAUGAUAUGGAUAGUUAAAGCACGUUUACUAUUUAAACACUGUCUUGGUAUUACUGACAAUCGACUGACUAAUAUGACACAUUUGCCUGUAAGUCUCAGGUUGGUUUCCCAGCCUUCUAGUAUUUGUUAUAAAGUCCACACUUUAAUUUUUCACAGAUUUCCCUGGUGGUAAAUGAUAAAUCUUCAUAUAGUAUGGUUUGAAUAGAUGCACUUUGUUACUUUUGCGUGCUCAAAUAAACAGUAGUGUUCUCACUUAGA